AUGGAAAUAGCGCUGCAAAGCGACAGCAAGGGUAUCCUCUAUGAGGGCUACACAAAAGCCUUCAAACAGUGCAUUUUCGAAGAGGGAGAUGUUGAAGGAAAGAACGAACGAUAUGAAUUCCGGUAGGUGUUUCUUUGUGGUUUCGUUUCUAACUUUCUGUUUUUAGUUGUGACUAUGAUCUUGAAUGUUGUGGACGGACGUGCUGCAUCCCACAGGAUGCAACUAUCCCAUUCUGGUAACAAAACCUUUUGACCCUUUUCUAGAUUUCACCAAAUUUUUUAGGCUCAUGAUCAUCCUUAUUGUGCUGGCUAUUCUGCUCCUGCUGGCCCUCAUGGCUCUUCUCGCUUACUACUGUGCCAAGUGGUACAAAUCUCGCCCGAAGAAAGGUAAAUUCAUUGAUUCUGUGUGUUGCAUGACCUUGUGAAGUGUUCUGAAUCCUGAAUCCCCUCCAACUAAUGCAUCCCCGCCCUGUUGAUUGCAGACGCCAACGAAUCCGCCUCGGCCGGUAACAAGUACUCAGCGCUUCGUAACAAUGGCGAUCUCAUCGAUGAGUACGCGUACCAGGAGCAAAAGUACAGUACUCCCAAUGACAUCUACAGUGCGUACGGUAGAAAAUACGAGUCUGGAACUGGAACUGGAUCACGCAAUGGGGGAUACCGAAACGGAAUUGGAAGCAGCCACAGAGGACUGGACAUCGAGAGAGCUGGUCCGGAUGAUGGAUACCGUCGCCGAGAUUAUGCAGUGACUCAGAAUUACCUUAGAAGGCCGUCUAACAAUGUGUACGACAGCGAUAACGGUUCGGUGGUCCGUCAUGGAGUGCAUGAGACUGUUGAAGAGAGUUUCAAACAGGAAAUUGUGUACGAACGGCCUGUUUCUACUGAUUCUAGAGAAAUGUUGUAAAACUUUGAACUUUAAUCCAACAAUUCCCAUCUAUCAUACAAACAUUUACAUAUCUCGCAUGUUGUACAUUUCUUCCUUUUCCACUUCCACUUCUUCUUCUUCUUCUACUUCCAAUUCCGAAUGCUCCUGUUUUCUGUGAUUUCUGCUCAUUCUUAUCCUACCAAAAACAAUAAACAAACCAAACACGGCGAACCAUUUUUGUUUAGAAAAGUUUGUGCCGUCUCCAAUGCAAGAGACGACGUUGAUGAUGCCGAAGCCAGUGCAGAUCACGCAGAGAAGCGAGGAUGAGAUCAGUCGGGCCUCAGUGGCUCACCACGUCGAACCGGCUCCGUUAUCGCCGCAAAGAGCGCACAACGCAUUCUACAGGUCCACUACUGAACAGAUUGCUAGCUAUAAUCCAGUCGAAGACUGAGAACUUUCGAAAAAUUCAAAAUUUUCUUUCUUAAAGUACAUAGCUGUCGAUUGGACCAGCAAAAGUCCAAAAUAUCAAACUUUCGAAGUCACACAAAUCAGUUCAAAUACAUUUUCUCUUCUCUUCUCUCUACCACACUGCCACUGAUAAGCCCUAUUACUUCUCUUCUUCCGAUUAUUCAUUCUAUCCUAUGUUUUGUAUCAAAUUCUCCAUUCAAUUCUGAUGUCAAUCCUUUUUGGUUUUACAUUUUCGAAUAAAUCGUUUUUGUAACUUCAAGAAGGAAUGACAGAUAUGAAUGAGAACUGGGGUAGUUAACUGAUUUCAAAAGUAUGAAUAUUUUGUUAAGGAUCGACGCAAAAUCCGACCGGGAAGACUGUAAAGGGUCUAAAAAUGUUUCCUAAGUCCUGCACAACCAAGAGAAUCGUCCAAAAUUUGCUAAAAUUGUGUGCUUUUUCAGACCAUUUGUAGCUGAUGAUGUUGAUGACAAGGAUAUGCCACCGCCGCUCCGUGGCUCGAUCUCGUAUCACUCUGUAAAUGAGCUCACUCAAAGUCAGUUUGGAACAAUCAAGUGAGUUUUCCCUGUUUAAAGUUGCUGAGAAUCACACUUUUCCUUUUCAGAACCAUUGAAAAGCCAAAGGAUCGCAGUUCGGAGCGAAUGUACAAAAGACCAGGCUUCGACAAUGUUCCAUCUUACUAAUCUCAUCACUUUUUUCUGUAUUCAGGAUCCCUAGGACGCAAACACUUUUUGAAAUGAUUCAUUCACGCACACUGCCUUCACCUUUCUGUUUCUGUCAAUAAACUCGCAUUAUACACAACACGUACGCUGCUCAGUGGUUGGUUGCUUCGGACAGUAAGCAUAAGCCAGUUUGUGAGAAAGGAUCCAAUUACCAGUGAAUGGUACCGAGAAAAUUGAGAGGAGCAAAGACAUGUGUUUGUGGGUAAGAUCCUAUUCAAUCUUCCGCUCGGCACAUUUUCAAAAUUGCCUUUCUUCCGUGCCCCACACACCCCGCAGUCCAUUACUCUUUGUCUCUCCUCUCCGCUGCAUAAUGUCCGGACGCCUUUAGGAUCUAGAAAAACACUUUUGACCAUCAUCUCUUUCCGUUUCAUAACUUCAUUAAUAUGAAUCUCAUUACCAUCUAGUCGGUUCCGUUCCACUAGCAAUUACCAUAACCAUUACCAACCACCGGAUACAAAUACAUAGGCACUGACCAUGGCACCCACCAUUUCCUACCAGUUUUCCCUUCCUUACUUCCUUUUUUAUGUUGCUGCGCGUUCGGUGAAGGUUGAAGAGAGUGAAAGCAACAAUCAUGGUGGUCAUUCUCUAACUAUGUAUCUCUCUUUCUCUUUCGACCGUUUCCGAACUUUUUUGGCCCCUCGCCGCUUAUUUAAUUCGAUUUUGUUGUCGUCUUUUGAUGAGGGUUUCAUGGGAGGAAAUGAAUGAAAGAAAUGUGGUUCCGGUUUUGAUCUCUAUCAUUUCCUUAUUCCAGAAAUAAAAUAUUUGUUCAGAUGUUAUCUAACCGCCAGACAAUUUGAUUUUCUCGGGGUAAACAGAUACAGGUUUGAACUGCCAUCUUUUGUGUCACAUUCAAAUUCAUUGUCCGUCACAAACUGGGGCAUUGGAUUAUGUAAACUAGGCGGGGGUUUAAAGACUCAAAAAGUUAAAAAGUGUUCCGAACGCUCACGUUUCUUGCAAACCCUCAGCUUGUUUCGAUGCUCCAUGAUUUUAAUAUCCGACCUCGACUUCACAUGAACAAAUACCCGGUCCUCUUGUCCACUCUCUCUCUCUCUCUCUCUCUCUCUCUCUCUCUCUCUCUCUCUCUUUCUCUCCACCCCUGUUAUCCAAUUUCCUUUAUGUUCCGGCUCAUACAAAGUGAAAAUGAGCAGGUUGGGGGUUGUGUAAUCACUUCCAUCCCUUCUCGAUUUUCGCUCCGUGCUCGACUUCUUCGGAAGCUCGACUAAACGAUCAAACAAGGAGAGAACGAGCUAGACGCAAGUUUACGACCAAUAAAUCUCCGGAAAAUCCAUUUGCCCUAUGAGUUUUGUCUCCACAGCUCACCAACCGCACUGCCGCCACUUUGUGCAAUCAAGACUUUUUUCUUUUUUUCUUACUUGAACGCGCCGAGCUCUGAUAUCGUUUUUUGCCUAUUCUCCGGUUUUAAAUCGGGUUUUUUGCAUGUCCAUCGGCGUUUUUCAUCUCGGUUAAUGAUGUUGAUGUGAAGCAUGAUACAUAUCCGCCAUUUUCUGACUAAUAGCAACAAAAAUUGAGAAAAAAACUCGGUUGUCAAGCAGGAACCGGGUCGUCGGGGUCGGAGAGUGUUUCACGUUUCCCACGGUCGACGCGAGAAUCCUUGUUCCCUUGGGUUAGCAUGAACCUAUAGAUUCUGCUUCUCUUUUUGUUGCUCAAUCUCAAUCUCAAAUGUGGUUCACAAAUGUUUAUGCUAUACUCCAAACAGAAGAAUGGAGGUGAAAAUAGAAUGCAAAUUCGCUGGUCCAUGAUUUAUAUGCAUAGCAACUGUUUGUUGGGAUCCUCUCUAGGAAAACAAAGCGUACGUCCGUCAACGUCAACACGCCAAUUUCGCAAUUCACUCAAUUCCGUCAUUCAGUAUGUUUAUUGGUGUCCAGAGUUUUUGAUUCUGAUUCGGAUUCUGAUUAGUCACAAUCUGAGCACGAUGCAUCAAGUCCUAAACCAGACAGCUCUUACUUUUAAUUUCAUCUGGAUGCAUUUAUCUUCCGAGCUCAUUUCCUGCGCACUUUUUCUAGAUUGAAAGAUGAAAGAAAAGCUCGAGCAUCAAUUUUCCGGGCAAAUCAGAGCACGCAUCCGCACCCAUAAACAAAAAUCCAAAUUAGACGUGUUUCCCAUCUCGGCCGAUGUUCUUGAGCCUCAUUUCUUCUUCCUUUUCCCUUUCACCUUCUGUUCUUUUCAAACUCUGAGCACAGUCCAGGCACUUUACAAAGGAAGUGUCUACAAAGGAAGUGAUAUGACCAAUUUCAAAACUUCUGAAGAAAUUCUUAAAAAUCUGUAAUAUUUCUUCCCCUGUUAGUUGCUGCAGUCCUCUGGGCUCUAGGGCUCCACCUACUUUACGCCUACAAUCCUUCUCUAUCUGCUUAUUCUCUGUUCUCUUCAGCUGGACGAACGAGCUUCCUCUUCUACUCUCAACUGCCAGGACCUGGAACUUCAAGCUUCAACAGACAGGUAACUUGAAUGUCAUUAAGCUGAACAUUUGUGACCGAUUUUACUCGUUUAGCAGCCCAACCUCUUUCCCUUAUCUAUUCGUCUUUUCCCCAUCGUAAACUAUUUUCGCAUGCCUGCCAACACACUAACAUUUCUUUAAUUGCAUAUUCGGUUUGAGUUUUUCAGUGGGUAGUUUAGGUAACACUUUUUUCCGUUUUCCCUGUUCUUAUCGUCAUUUUUUGUGUCCUGUCAUUCACCAGUUUUAGACAUAAUCGAUUGUGUCGUUGGUUCUCGAUCUCAGGAAAUUGGUUAGGUCCUUUCGAUGAGCCCAUCAAAUAUUCUCUCGCGUUUCCGGGGAAAGCUAUAAUAACAAAGAGCCUUUUUGUUUUUCGAUCCUUAUGAAACAUCACGAAAUGGAAUGUCAUCGGGUCAUCUAAAGAAUUGGAAAACGGGGUAGUCCUAGGAGACCGGCCAGGGUUCGAAUGUCUGAGUGAUUUCCGAGUAGUUGAUGCUGUUCUUUUGCAGGAAACAUAGAUAGAGCUCAAAGAUCUUAUGUAGAUUGAAAUGUUUAACCCGUUUAUCUAAAUCGGAACGCAUAAUAACAAGAAGUCAUUCCAAAUGGCUCAAGUGCCGGUAAACAUCCGCUCAGACUAGAGACUUUUGCGGAGCAACGUGAGCGCUUUCUUUUCGAAGAAUCUAUUCCAUAUUCCUGCGUGUAAGCUGAUUUUAGACUAGAAAUACAUUUCACUUCCCGAACAGAUAUCCUAUUUAUGAUUAAUAUACGGAAGUUUCUCCAAAUGUAUCCGAUUAUGUCUUUCUCCUUCUCAGAAUCCUGUUUACGAGAGUCAUCUGCGCUCUCAAGAAUCUCUUCAAAACACGACAGCGUGAAUACAAAAACAUGGUAGUUAAGCAGUCAGAUUGAGAACUACAACUACCAAUUUUCGAUGACGGGAACAAAAUCAAGUGACAGGAGCCGAAAACGCCAAAAACAGACGCUAUUAUUUCAUCCGGAUACUUUUAAAAACGGGACUUUCAGUUUUCCUAGAAAAAUAUGUCUGUCGUCUCGGAUUCGCGCAAAGACGCCUGAUUUAUUGCACUUUUGGGUGAGAGCCUGGGGGUGAGCGCUGUAAUAAUUUCGCCGCCAGAAGCCCAUCAACUUUCGCAUCCCAGCUGUCACUCAGGGAGGACCCCCGGUCUCGCGAGGCAUUAGUGUGGAUAUCAACAAAAUGUUUACUAAUACACUAGCAAAAAAGAAACGGGCCCCCGGGCCUAUGUUCGGCUUUAUGUCGCUUCCCCCAUUGUAUUGCCCAUGUGCAAAAGAAUGGAGCACCAUAGUUGCAUAUAAGGCUUUGCUUCCUUUUUCUCUGCCUUUGCCUACAUCUUUGUCUUUUUUGUUUCACUUUCAUUCUCAUUUCCAUACGGAUCCAAUGUGACUAACUAACACGAGUACAUAUAAAUCCCAGCUGUCGGCUGUCGAAAUGCGAAAACAUUGUCAUUAAACCCGACCGUACCCGAGCGGAGUAACCUUCCGGAAAGGCCGCCGGCUAAUUAAACCAGUUUGCCCUUUCGUGUCGGUCCGACAAAGUUACUGGCGCGUGUUGACCGCAAUAAUGAUCAUGUUCGUUCUCGAACUUUUGACUUUUUCCGUAUUUUCAAAUUCAAAACUAUCGGUAACCCAUUCCAUUCUCGAAAUACGAGGCUGGCUGGUGCGUUUCUAGAAAAAAUGGUGUGUAAACCCGCACUCACUGAUAACCGCCUCCAAUUGUUUAUCACUUCUGUUGUUUCUCGCACUUUUCAAUUUCUCUCUUUCGCAAUUCGGUACGGGGCUUUUCAAAUGUGAUAACAACCCUAAAAUUGACAUUUUGCCCGUAUUUUCGACCGAAUAAUAUCACUUUCUUUUUUCAUUUUUACUAAAAUUCUGGUCUUCUGACGUGUCAAUGAGUCUAAUUUCACUUUUCAUUUCCAAUUUGCGAAAUACACGUAACAAAUUCUGUCAAAUUUGAAAUGCAAUGCAAUCCAUCAAAAAUUUCGACGUUUGGUAGGCUCACUUGAAAUUAGAAAUUAGGUUUCUCUGCCCGUUUGUAAAAUAUUGUGUGCCAAAAGAUUUCUAGAUAACAGGACGCUCUGAAUUCCCGGAAAGGCGGUAAGAUAAGAGAAAGGGCAAACUGCGAGACAUUUUGAACUUGAAGCAGCUUCCAUGAGCUUGCGUUUUUCCCUUUUGAUGUGCUCCUUCCUCCUUCCUCAUCCGCCAUCUUUUCAACAUCAGAACACAGAAAAAACCAUAAAUUUUUUGGGGUCGGAACAUCUGCCGACAGCCGUCCGGCGCCCAACAUUUCUGGCAGACUAUUUGUUAGUUUUUGAGAAAUUGUUUUAAUUUGUUCUCUCCAUGUGUACAUUGUGUUCUGCUCAAUACUCACUACUUGUCGAACCUUGUUAAAGAACCCCACUGCACCGCGCUGGAUAACACCACCUUCAUAAUAUUAUUGAUUUCCCUCUAUUCGCAUGCACCCGCACUGAUAUCUUACCAUUCUAGUUUUAUUAAGUUUUGAUGAUAGUUUGUGCAAACCUUUGUGGUACUUUGUUUGUAUAUUUUAAUCCGCCGUCUCUCUCUGAGCUUUUCUCAUUCAUUUCUCAUUGUUGUAGGUAAUUAACUAGAACGUCGGAUAAACCAAUCAAUUUGUACCAAGAGUUCUGACAAAGAGUCACCAAAGAAGCAAUUGCUUCAACACAACAAUACUCACUACUCACAAAAAAAGAAGAUGUUCCAUGUUGUGUAAUCAUAUUUCACCCGUUUGAGUGUGUGUACCGAGCCGUAACUCGUAUUUCUGCUGUGCUCGCUUUCCAAAACACAGCUCAAACUCACUUGUUACAUCCUGCGUAUCAUGUUUCUGACAGGACGUUUCACUCAAAACACUCAAAAUUCAUUUUUUCAGCUUGCGGUACCCUUGUUCCCGACUAGAAUGGAGUUGUUCGGGUGGCUGAAACGGGUGAAGCCGAUGGGGAAGAAGUUGUUCCGAGUGUGGACGGAGCCGGAGGACGACCUGCUUGACUUGAUCAAAUAUCAAAAGGAGGCGACGUUUUCCAAAUGUGCAGUCGACUCGGCGAGCUUAAUGAGGAUUAUCAAUGUCAUUGGAGCACUUAUGGCUUCUGGAAAAGUGAGUCGAAAGUUUGGUGAGCCGGCGGACCUUUUAUCUUGUGAGUAGUGUAAACUCAUUAACAUCCGAAAUUUCAACGGAAAAACGCUUUGUCUACAAACAACCACAGUGUAAUUUGGUUCUUGAAUUCAACUCCGCUGAUCUCUGAUCAAACACACACAUAUUCUAACACUUUAGAUGCAAACCGCCGCCAACUUCAGCACGCUCAUCGCCGAAAAAUGUUUCGGACGGCCGACGGACAACCCGUACCGCCUAAUGUUCCUCUCGGUUGCGAUGGUGGGUGCUAGAUUAUUUUUAUCUUUGGGGGUAGACGAUCAGCGAUCACACAGCUGUUCGCAAUGAAAUCCUUUCUCGCAGUGGUUUUGAUGAUGAUGAAAAUGAUUUUACAACGAUUCUGCUGUCUGGCCUUGCUUACGAAAUCCGAUAGCCGACACGUUGAGAAGAAUGGGGGAUCGAUAAAAAAUCAGACAAUUGUGUGAUCUUAGUCAUGAGAUUUCAGAUCGCUGAAUGUGAGGCCAAAUUCUACGACCUCAGCUUCUUCCGACUCUCCCCGAAAGAGCAGACUCUAAAGAUUCAAUACUCGAUUUGCCAGUAUGUCACUCCAAAACCCGUCUCUCCUAGAUAAAAAACCCAUUUCAGGCAAUCAACCGCUGGUUUCUUGGAAAUGGAGCCGACAAUCUUCAAGAUCUGCGACUUGUUGACGAUGUGCGAGGAGUUUUCGCAUUUCGCCUGCUUCCGUCAGUGUCAUGUCAAUCUCCUGAAGAAUCUGGCUCAGAUUAGAGAAGACGAAAACGUGGAUUGGUUCGAUAGGGUGAAAGUGCUGGACUCUAACAUUUUGGCGUUGAUAAACGGUAAACUGAUAACCGAGCGGAGGGAAUUAAAGCAUUAACAGAAGUUUUUUAGAUAGUGAUGCCUCCCGACUGUGUGAAACCGACAAAGAGAAGAAGGAGUUCUACCAGAACAUCAAGAAAACGCGGUUUUCGGAGAAAAACAACCAGUUCUGUUUCUCAUGGUUCAACCACCUUCAUCUACGGGAGAUUUGCGUUCGAUCAGCCGCUGCGAUUGAGAUUUUGAAAAUGGACCCCGCUUACGUUAACUUUGUGAAGAGUCUCUCAGAUUCUGGCAAUCGUCCAAUGCAAACCGAUUCACGGGGAAAGUCAAACAAGCCACGGCGGCGUCUUCAACCGCGAAAUCCUUUGAAAGAAGCAGAGGACAAAGCGAAACGAGUAUCGUUCGGAGAAGAUUCUGGAGUGAUUGCUGACUCCAACAUGCUCGUAGUUAAGAAACCUGUUGAGCCAAAUCGACGUGUCCGCCGGAGAUUGGUUUCAAAACAGGCAUACGCAUCAGAUGUGGAUGAUAGCAACUACAGUAUUCCUUUGAAAGAUGGAAUGAGUUUCAGUGAUUUGAAUGCAGAGAAGAUGAAGGAUAAGGCAUACUUUCGGAGGGAAUGCAUACGGCAGUAUGAUGCUGGAGGAACCCUUCCGAUCGACCCUCAAAAACGAUUGCCUUCGGAUGUUCGUCGCAAAAUUCGCAUGAUUGUCCGGAAAAUGAUGUCGGAAGCACGCGACAUUCAGAAGGCUCCGGUGAUUGACGAGGAGAACCUGAACAAGGCGUAUCCAGUGUCAGAUGACGAGUGCAGUGACGAUGAAGCUGUUGCUAAAACGUUCUUCCGGACCGAAACCCUCGAAUUAAUUAACAAGAAGAAUUCGAGAAAGUUUGGAAGAUUGAACCCGAGAAGUGAAGCGAAACACGUUGUUUGGUGGCAAAACGCGAAAGAUGAGCUCAUGACCGCAAGAGCAAUUGCAAAUCACUGCGUCAAAAUCACGGGUGAAAGCAGCGAGCCGUUCAAUAAAUUUGAAGAGUAUAUGGGUAAAGUUGAAAUCGGAGGGAGUUCCAGAAAUCGAAUGACCGAGUCGAAUAGGCAAGCGGACGUCAGGCCGUUUGAUCUCGCAAGAGAAAUGAAGACCGACGACGGAGCACUUCUCACAAUGGUAAGUGCAUAAGAGGAAGAGUGAAAAAAGUCAAGUCAGGGCCGGGUUUUAGAACUAGACUUUCAAAAUGUGAUUUUUAAGUCAAAGUCUAAAAAAAAUAUGGUUUUAUUUGCAGUCGCCAGUUGAUCCGUUCAAAGGUUUGAACACAGUACCGAGAAAAGAACGUCGUUCCGUCGACCUCCGAUCGCUGACCUUGCAGGACAUGCGCCGAAAGUGCAUUGAUGAACUGCUCAUUCUAAUGAUGAUCAUCAAAGGCCAACAACAACUUCAGGAUGGGAAUGUGAGUUGUUGAUUGCUUUUGCACACAACGUUCACUUCCCUUUCAGGUCAUCCGAUGCGUCGCCUACCUCAUGCUCAUUGAGUUCAAACUUGCCGUUUGGGCUGAAAUGUCAGAGUCAAACUCGGAUUUCAUCUACAAAAAUCACUUCAAUCCGUACCUGAUGCAUCUCUACAAGUGUCUUCUUGCCAAGUUCCGAUUAUAUGCGACAGAUCUUUUUGGUCGUUUGGCCCUGAAUACUUCUGAAGCUCUGGUAAGAACCAAAAUUGAAAUGAAAUGUUUCUCUCGAAAUCUGAAUUGCAGCUCGUAUUCGCAGAAAAGGAAAAGUACGGUUUGAACGAGAAAUGUUACGAGUUUUGUCGACAGACCGGAGCGUAUUUCUUCUGUAUUUGUAUCCGUGGAAGGACGAUCGAAGUGAAUAUCGACAAUGUUACGGACAAAAAACCAAAUGUGACUUGGAAACGAGAUGACGUUGAAAAACAACACGAGUUCUUCUUCGGGCUGGAUAAUGCGAGCAAGAGCGGUCACUUGAACACCUUCUGGAGGACUGAGUGUAUGCCCAUUCUCUCAGUGAGUCCUUGUCCCAAAUUUAUCGAUUUAUUGGAUGCUGUUCCAGGGUUUCAUUCACAUGACGCAUAAAGACCUGUUGGAGAAAAUCGACAGAAUGAGGAGUUUGGACACCGAUGAAAUGAUCGACAACGCACCGGAACUGACCCGAGAAACCAGGAAUUGGCUUAAAAUCGCGAGCAUUCAUGGAUUCCUGACGCAAACUCCAAAAACCGGAUCUGUAAAGUUCCAGGAUAAGUUGAGAAACUAUGUGCCGAUGCUGUUCCAAUAUCCGUCCAAAUUGAACCCGGAACUCAACACCAAACAUAUGACGGUCAGUUGUUUUCUAGAUAAUUUUUUUCAAUAACUUUUUUUUUCCAGAAGUUCCAGAACCUUGAACAUGUUUACGAAGCCACCACCGAAUUUGUGCGGCAAAAAUACAAUGCGUGGAAGGAAGCAUGCAAAGCCGACAAAGAAAAUUUGCGCAAGACAAACAGAGAUUGCGCAUACCGACAGGACGGAGACCUGGUUAGUGAAAAACUGUCCUGAACUUUUAAGAAUACGGUAAUUCAGACGUUCUACGGGGAAGCCAUUGAAAAGGACGUUUACAUGGUGGCAGCUUACAAAGGCGAACAUUUGACCGUUGAGAGUGAACCCAUAAUACUUGGAAUGCGUUCGCUUUGCCGUCAAAUCAGAUCUCAAGCGGGAUUCUUGUCGAUCAAACAAGUCCGAGUUACCAAGGAUGGUUGA